CAUACGCUGCACGAUGUCUCGACGAAAUCUUGUUUGAAAUUCAAACGCCAAGCAUUUUCGAAAAGUCUUAUAAAGAAUGCCGAGUUUCAAAUUUAAAAAUGUCUCUACACGCGUAAUGCAGUGGAAUGUCCAUUCAUACCUAUUCUAUUUAACAUCACAAAAAUGGAUCAUUUUUCAUUAUUACAUUUCAUUCAAACCAAAACAACCACCACUUUUCAAUUCGUAAUCCUCUUUGUUUGAUUCUUGUAAAGAUCCAAUGGAAGCUGAAAAGAUCGAAGGAAUGAGUGUGGAAGAGGAUAAAUUCGGAGGAGUUAUUCUAACAGUUGAAAACCCUAUGGAUUCUCAUUCAUUUGCUUCUGAAUUGGAACAUUCAAUGUCCAAAUGGACUCAACAGGGAAAAAAGGGUAUAUGGAUCAAUUUACCCUUGCAACAUUCAAACCUUGUUCAUUCUGCUGUCCAGGCUGGAUUUAGGUACCAUCAUGCUGAGUCGGAUUACUUGAUGCUUGUAUAUUGGAUCCCUGAUACCCCUGAUAGCAUUCCUGCAAACGCGUCACACCGUGUCGGCGUUGGUGCUUUUGUUGUCAAUAACAAGAGAGAGGUGCUUGUGGUUCAGGAAACCAGUGGUAGAUUUGGAGGCACAGGUGUAUGGAAGAUGCCUACAGGAGCUGUCAAUCAAGGUGAAGAUAUUUGUGAUGCUGUAAUUAGAGAAGUGAAGGAAGAGACAGGGGUAGAUACAAAGUUUGUUGAAGUUUUAGCAUUCAGGCAAAGCCAUAAAUCUUUCUUUCAGAAAUCAGACUUGUUCUUCGUUUGCAUGUUGCAACCUCAAUCCUUUGAUAUUCAGAGUCAGGCCUCAGAAAUUGAAGCAACUAAGUGGAUGCCUGUUGAAGAUUAUGCAGCUCAACCGUUUGUGCAAGAAAACGAGCUCUUCGAUUUUAUUGCGAAAAUAUGCUUAUCAAAGUUGAAUGGCAACUACACUGGGUUUUCUAACGUAUCUACUACUACAUCUUCCGGCAAAAAAACUUAUCUUUAUCUUAACAGUGAUGCUAUUGGUAGCCAUUUGUUAGAUUCCAAACAUGAGCAAGUUUAACAUGAAGCUUGCUUUGUUACUCUCGACGGCCAUUUGCUUCGAAAUGCGCCUGAAUCCCAGUUUUAAUAUGAUUUGAUGACCAUUUAUAUUCUUUGAAUUCUUUGUAUUCUUUGUAUAGAUAUGUCAUAUCAUGUAAAUAGGGAUAGUAUCAACCAAUAUAAAAUAUGAUUUGAUGACCAUUUAUAAUCUUUGUAUUCAUUGUAUAGACAUAUCAUGUCAUGUACAUAGGGAUGGAUAGUAUCUCAUAUAUAAAAUAGGAUCUAUUGUAUUGUUUAAACACACGAUUUUACCACGCCUCAUUCAACAAGUAUAGUAUUAUUUAAAAGGGGAAACCCAGAUUUUUCUGUUAGUUAA